AUGACGCCCCAGAAGUCGUCGAGCGGGAACAACGGGACGGUCCAUACGAAUGAGAACCGGAAAGCCUAUAUCACCAGUGAAUUUACCGGACUUUCAAGGUUUUCGGGUAAUUUAGAGGCUGUUGAAGAUUGGCUUGGGAAACUGGAACGUUCAUCGCACGAUAACGCAGCCAUCUCAUGGAUACGGUCUAUGAUGGCACAUGCUCGAGCGAAGCGGAUAGCGAUCUCAUCUAUGGCGGACAAGAUCAGGAGCUAUGAAGACGAUCACUUUUAUUACGGGCCUUGUUGCGCAGGACAAAGUGAUAUGGAUGCUUCAUCGUACACCAGCUCUCCUACCCGUCGAACUUUAGAGCGAGUCGAUACCACGGACUCGCUGUACGCACUUCCUAGACAUCGCGAGCAGCAUCUACCGACCAACUCGGAUGCCGUAACAACCCCGAUAACGAAACCUCAGGCCGCUAGCAGUCCAGCUGAGAUAGACGUCGAUAGCCAUCGGCUUGCUGCGGGGACCGACCUCGAAAUAUCCAUACCGCGCAGCGCACCUACUCCGGAGCCUCUAGAGCCAGAACUGCGGCUUCAGCAAAACCAAGCGAAUUUCCUCCGAGCCAAUCACGGUGGCGGAUUCGAUCCCAAUCCCGCGUCUUCCCAAGCAGUGAAAGCCGUCGACAAGCUGUUAGGGAUCAGACGAGCAAACACCGACUUGGGGAAUGCAGUGCCCACUCAGCCAUCGAAUCGGGUCGGUGCUCUCUGGCAGCAGGCAUAUUUAAUACAUGAGUAUGAGACGCGGUUUCGGGUGUAG